CCGCCGCCCCGCACGGACGGGCUCGCUCCGCGCUCCGCCGCCGCCGCCAUGGCCGAUCCCGCCGCGCAGUCCUCGCUCGUCUCCUCCAGCUCCUCUUCCACCUCCGUGACCUCGUCCUCCGCCUCCUCCCCGCGGGGCCUGGUCGGCGGUUCCAUGUCGUGCUCCGCGGCGCCGGGCGGGCGGGACCGGGGUCCGGCCCCGCUGGGGGGGAUCCCGCAGAGCCCCCCCGAGUCCCCGGAGUCGCCGUUCGAGGUGGUCCCGGACCGCGCCGCCUUCGACCGCGAGUUCGGGCCCGCCCUGGCGCAGAUCCCCGAGGGCCGCGAGUGCCACUUCCCGCCCCAGCCCCGCGGCGGCACCGGCGGCGGCCCCGGGCGGGCGGCGCUGGGCCGGCCCCCGCCCGGCUCGGCGGCGGCGCUGGAGGAGGUGUCGCGGUGCGUGCGGGAGAUGCACAGCUUCACCAGCGAGCUGCUCUCCUGGCACCUGGUGGAGCCGCAGGGCCACGGCGACACCGGCGACAGCGGCGGGGACAGCGGCGGGGACAGCGGCGAUGGCGGCGUCAGGAACGGCAUUAACGGCCUGGGGAACGGCGGCACCGGGGGCACCUCAAUGGGGAACGGUGGCACCGGGGGCACCGGCACUGGGAGCGGCACCAUCGGGGUCACUGCCGUGGGGAAUGGUGGCACCGCAAUGGGGAAAGGUGGCACCGGUGUCACCUCAGUGGGGAAUGGUGUCACUGGUGUCACCUCAGUGGGGAAUGGCGUUAGUGGCAUUGGGAAUGGUGUCAUUGGUGUCACCACAAUGGGGAAUGGUGUCACCAGUGUCACCUCAGUGGGGAAUGGUGUCACUGGUGUCACAAGCAUUGGGAAUGGUGUUAGUGGCAUUGGGAAUGGCAUCAUUGGUGUCACCAGUGCUGGGAAUGGUGUCACCGGUGUCACCAGUAUUGGGAAUGGUGUCACUGGUGUCACUGCCAUGGGGAAUGAUGUCAGUGCUGUCACCACAAUGGGGAAAGGUGUCACCAGCACUGGCAGUGGCAUUACCAGUGUCGCUGCCAUUGGGGAUGGUGUCACUGGCGCCGGGAGCAGUGUCACCGCUGUCACCAGUGUCCCCAGCAUUGGGAAUGGCAUCGCUGGUGUCACCAGUGUCCCCGGCAUUGGGAAUGGCGUCGCUGGUGUUGGCAGUGGCCUCGGGGGUGGCAUCGGCAGCGGUGUCACCGGCAUCGGGAGUGACGUCACCGCCCCUGGGAAUGGUGUCCCCAGCGGUGGCAUCGCCGCUGUCCCCGCUGUCCCCACGGACGCCGACAGCUCCGGUGACUCCGACGACACCGUCAUCGAGGAGGCGCCGGGCGAGGCCGCCCCUGCUGUGCCCCGGGAUGUCCCCAAGGGUGUCCCCGAGGGUGUCCCCAAGGAUGUCCCCAAGGCUGUCCCCGCUGUCCCCGUCCCGCCGGGCUCCCGGGACUGGGAGCAGGAGCACCAGACCCUGCGGGCGCUGCAGGAACUGGGGGAGCCCCCCCAGGCCCCCCCGGCCGGGCCCCUGCCCCGCCUGGCAGCCAUUCAGGACCUGCUCUUCUGGCGGGAUGUGAAGAAGAGCGCGGUGGCCUUCGGCGCCAGCCUGGUGCUGCUGCUGUCGCUGGCCACGCUCAGCGCUGUCACCGUGGUGGCGCACGUGGCGCUGGCCCUGCUCUCGGUCACCAUCAGCCUCAGGGUCUACAGGGCCGUGGUGCAGGCGCUGCAGAAAUCCGACGAGGGGCACCCCUUCAGAGCGUACCUGGACCUGGACGUGGCGCUGUCCCCCGAGAGCCUCCAGGCGCACGCGGCCGCGCUGGCCCAGCAGCUGAACCGGGCCCUGCGCCUGCUGCUCCACCUCUUCCUGGUGGAGGACCUGGUGGAUUCCCUGGAGCUCGCCCUGACCAUGUGGCUGAUGACCUACGUGGGAGCCGUGUUCAACGGCAUCACCCUCCUCAUCCUCGCCGACAUCUUGGCCUUCACCUUCCCGCCCCUGUACGAGAAAUACGAGGUGCAGAUCAAUCACUACAUGGCCCUCGUCCGCCACCAGACCAAGGACCUCAUGGCCAAGAUCCAGGCGAAGCUCCCGGGCCUGGCCAAGAAGAAGCCGGAAUAAACCCCGGGGUGGGGGAGGGGGAGUUUGGGGGUACCCAGCGCUGCCCCCCCCCCACUCCAAGCUUGUCUGUCCCCCCCCCCCCAAACUCCACCCACCCCCCCAAAGUUUGUUCCCCUCCCCCAAUCUCACAGUGACGUCCGUCUGUGCCCCCCCCACCUCCCCCCAGUUGAAAUGGGGGGGGGGGGAGUGAACCCCCAAAAUCGCCCCCCCCGGGGGGGCCCCCCCAAGCUCGUUCCCCCCCCCCAGUUUUAUUUUUUUAAGGUUAAUUGAGGUGAAAUGUCUGUAACUGCUGUAAAUGGGGGAGGGGGGGCUCGGCCCCGCCCACAGCCCCCCCAGACCGCGCCCCCCAACCCCCCCUCGCUGCUGGGGGGUGGGAAAUGGGGGAGACCCCCCCCCCCCCCAAAAAAACAUCCACCCGCGGGGCUGCGGCCACAAUAAAACAUCGCGACAAGG